AUGUCCAGUCUAAUAGCAGCACAGUGUUUUCUUGUGCAUGUUUUUUUUUCUGUCUUCUAUGCCCAGCGUCCAUUCCACUGUAGCCACGGAGAGGUCCUUCACGUCAAGUUCAUGUACCAGUGUCCAGUGUCCAGUGCCGUUUUGCUUUUAAGCACAAGUACUUUUUUAAACCCUACGCAGUUAUCUGCUAGUGUCCAGUGUCCCGUCCCGUCUUGCUUUUUAGCACAACUGUUAACCACCAUUCUUUUGAUGGUGCCUUCAUACCAUGUAUGGUCCACUGAGUGUGUUCAAAGUAUGCUUAUGGAGAGGUGUACCGAGAACCAGCUCAGUAUUUUACACCCUUCCCAGUUAACAGCUAGGUAA